CCACACGAGAAACAAACCACACGCAGAUGGCAUGCACGAAAAAGCUUGUACAAUUGCAGGUACACACUGUACAAUUCUCCCCCUCACCCUCUAAAAGCGCGCCACGACACCCCCCGAAACGGAUCCUUGCUCUCCCUCUCUCUCUCUCUCCUCUCUUUCUCUCUCUAAAAACAGAGACUCUGCAGUGACUAGUGAGUGAGUCUGAGUUGAGUGAGUGAGUGGGUGACUGACUCGUCAGCCUCGUCGCCUCCGACCCUACCAGCUACAGCUACGCAGAGAAAAAGGUUAAAGAAAUCAAUCGACCAACCAUCACAGACACAAGCCAAAUGCAAGAACCGAGAAAGACCCACAUGGUCAAACCCUGUGAUACAUGUGGUGGUGGUAACGAUGAGAACCUCAUUGCAACCUGCCGUAAAUGCAAUAUAGCUCGUGCACACCCUUAUUGCAUGCAGAAACUUGAUACGGAAGCUUGGGAGGAUUGGGUUUGCGAAGAAUGUCUUGGAGAGGAAAACAAUUUAGCAUCCCCCACUGAUUUAAACCACCAUGGUAUCAUGCAUCCAUCAGGUAACAGCAGAGUUCUUGAUAAUUCAGGGUGGCAAGCUCAUUCUAGAAGGCAAAAGCCGGUUGGAACUGGAAAAGUUAAGUACAUUUCAGAAGGAGAAGUCAUAAGGCUAUCGUCAGGAGUUGAAAUAAUGAGAUCACAGCGAAAUACCUUCAGCUUCAAAUCUGGUCAGUCAAAUUCUACAGCACUUAUGUCCCAAGGGACUACUUUUGGCUCUAAAAGUGUGAUACCGAGGUCUCCACUUGCCUGCAAUCAACGGAAAUCCUAGCAUUGUGGCUUCAGGACAUGUGAAGCUUCCUAGCUGUGGCAGGAAUGUCAAGAUGUCAAGCAUCGCAAAGAUAAAUCAGCAAACAUCUCCAAUAUUGAAGGAUUCAAAAGAGCCAAAGGCUCCUUUUGCUCAGAACUCAAAGAAAUAUGGUUCCAGUGAUCAUCAAGUAGUUGCAACCUCACCUGUUAAUGAAGCCAAAUCAUCAAAGCUCAGUAUACAGGGUGGUGUAACGAUUCCAAAAACAAAGACUUCAGUAGCUUAUGGAAAGGAGCAUAUUCGAGAGAAGCAAUCAAAGGAUGUCUUAGUUCCAGCAACAUCCGUUGAAACAAAGAACCCAGUAGCUCCUGGAGAGGAGCAUGUUUGGGAAAAGCAACCACAAGAUGUCUUAAUUCCAAGACCAGAUGUAACUUCUCGGAAGAAGAGGGAUACUGCAAUUGAAAAGGAGCCGUGCACAGUUUCAACAAUGAGGCACUCCUCACCUAUGUCCAGUCCAGAACAUAACCAUGCAGAUGCUGAAGAAAGAGAUCUCGAGAAUAAGCUUGCUAGUCUCAAUCUAAAUCACUCAAGUCUUCCUGCUCUACAAGUCACUUGGAGGGGAGGCUUCAUUGUUGAUACAGCUACAACUAAUGAAUUCAUCGAAGGGUUCCAGGGACGACCUCCAUGUAAGAUCCAUCCUAAAGCCUAUAGAUUUGCACAAACAAUGCCUCCUGUCCUCGAGGCAAAUUUUGUUCCUCGAUCCCAACUUUGGACUGAUAUCUUCCAAGACCAACCUCCUGACCUUCAAGAUGUUGGAAUUUACUUUUUCCCUGAUAAAAAUAUUGAAAGUAGAUCAAGAGAGAACCAUGCUCGGCUGAUUGAGCGGAUGGAGAAAGAAGAUUCGAUGAUGAGAAUUUGCUUUGAUGACCAGGGCGUGGAGUUGCUGAUAUUUACAUCAGAACAGCUGCAGUUAGACACGCAGUUGACAAGCUUCUUAUGGGGAAUCUUUCAUUGUACGAAAAACUAUCAAGUUGAAGCAAACAUGGCAGAGAAUCAGAGUGUGGACAUGGAAAUCGACAUGGAAGGUGGAAAUAUGGUGGGAAGACUUGAUGUUGUGAUUCCGAGGGAUCCAAAGGUUACUAGAAAAGGCAAAACAUCAUCAGAAGUGAAAACCAGAUAUGGCCCGCUAUCAAACUCGAGGAAUGAAGAUGGUGAAAUCUCCAGUGAUGCAGAGAAGAAAGAAUUGACACGUCCACCGGGUUUUAGUGAGGGCAGUCCUCAGAGUGCUACUGGUUCAACUGAGGGAAUGGCAGGGCCGUCUUCAUCUUUUCGACGCAGAGAUUGAAUCUGCUGCUAAAGAGUUAGAUUUUGAUGCAUAGCCAAACUUUUGAAAACCAGAGUAGAGUCAGAUAUAGCUAUCUGGUAAAAGAUAUAUAGAUAUAUGAAAGGGGGAAGAAACAGAGUCCUCUGUUUUGGAACAUUGUGUUUUUUAGGCAUAUGGAGAAAGAAAGCAAGUAAUUGUUCAGAAAUUAGAGUUACAGUUUGUUUAGGCUUUGGUGAAAUGAAGGUCAUUGUGUAGCUCCUCUUUGGGCUACAAUAGACUGAGAAUAAUUUAUAAUAGACUUCCGUUGAACUAAA